AUGAACAAAAAGAAUUAUCUUCAAAAUAAUCAACAAAGUGAACAAUUUCAUUCAUUUUCUACAAGUGAACAACAACCAUCAUCUUCAACUUUUUCAAAUAAUCAAGAAUCUGAACAAAGUCAUUCAUUUCCUAUAGGAUUUUUACAUCAUCAAAAUUCUCAAUCUCAUAAAUUAGCUGAAAUUAAUUACAAACAAUACAUUGUACGUACAUCAUCUGCUACAACUGUAUUACAAGUAAUGGAUAAAUCAAGAAAUGAAUUAAUAAAACGUAAUCGUGAAAAAUUAAUUAAAAUUGCCUCGACAUUAAAUUUAUAUGCUCGACAAAUGAUUGCAAUACGAGGACAUGAAGAAGAUGAAUAG